AUGGCCACCGCGAUCUCCAAGCCUGCCUCUCACCCACCCAAAAUGAAGCGCCCUCCCCCGCCGUUCGUUCAGACGGGAAUCAAUGGAAUCAAGUCGUCUCCCUCCGCUGGCUCGCCGCCGAGCACGUCGAAACGCCUGCCGGGGGCUGGGAACCCCCCGUCGGCGACGACUCCGGUCAACGGGUCCCUACUUUCUGAGGGCGCGAACGGUGUGAUGGGUCUGUCCGCCAUGUCUGUCAACAACACGCCGCUUGGCCGGAUGAAAUCGGGGAUCCAGAAGUCCGGCGAAGUCUCCGGACGACAGCACCAGCGCCAGAACUCGAGGACCACCGUCUCGUCCGAUCUUCAGGAUUUCCGCAUAGCAAAGAAGCACCCGGAACCAUAUGGUGAGGCCUUGGUGAAAACAACCGCCUACAUCCUGAAGAAGUUUGCCAAAUCUCCCCCCUCGCUUAUUGUUCAUCUUCACCCGACGCAUUUUCGCUUCGAGCAGCAAGACGGGAGUUUCCCGUACAACUCGGAGAUGAAGGUCAUCAUCGAACAUAUCCGUGCGGGAACGGUUCCCCAUGAUAUGAUAGAGGAGCUCCUGCGUGCAGGCGUUCGGUUCUAUGAAGGCUGCCUGAUUGUCCGCGUAGUUGAUCACAAGUCUGUUUCAGCCAAGGCAAAGAAGUCGUCGGCCCGAUUGUCGGAUGAGAAAACCGAGCCAUUCUCAAUACACAACUACAACCAGCAUGUCACUCCGUCGGCGUACGUGCCGUACCCGAAACAGAACUCAUUAAUGUCGGAAACCUCGCCCUCGAAGUCUUCAACGGCAAAUCAAUCCGAUGUCCAAAUUAAGGGAGAUGCUACUGUUGAUGAUUCGACUGGUGCCCGAGACUCCGGAGCUGUGACUUCGGCGUCGGCGUUAUCUAAGGAUACCACACCCAAGCCUCGAGUUUUCACGACAGUCCUUCAUCCCACCCCACGUUCCAUCCAAGCAGAAUUGACUCUGCUCGCCACCACUCCGGACCCGAGAGCUGUCAACAAGAGACCGCCCGUUUCUCAAGCUGGAGCUCGCACACCUUCGACUGUCGUGCCGCCGUCGCCCGCCGCGUCGACGGAGUUCCCCGACCGACCGGCCAAGAGGCAAAAGAUGCUAGUAGAGCCACAUGAACUUCUCGAGUGUGAAGCCAAAAUCACGCAAGCAAUGGCACCGCCUUUGUUCCUGAACCCGGUCAAUAGCCUGGACGCUGCUCAGGAUCUGUUGAAGUAUCUCGAAAGCCCACUACACAGGGACCCGCCACCGUCGCCCAAGAGACGGAAGCGUACGGUGGCCGAACUUGCAGCCGACGAGGCUCUGGCCGCCGAGGAAGAAAGAUUCAUGCUUAUCAUGGACGAACGGCUGGAACCCACCGUGUCUGGGGCCGCAGGUGCGGCCAAGGCUGCUGGUGUCGAUGAGACUGCUGGCGUUGCGCCGUUCGAGCCCCGGUUCUCCCGCUUCAAGACGCUGGAGAACAUUCGCAUCCAACACGAGGAGAAGGCCAAACGAGAGCACGAGAUCAAAGUCAAGCAGGAAAUGGCAAAGAGACAGCAGCAAGACCAAGAACGACAACGCCGUGCCCUGGAGCAGCGCCAGAACGAAGAGAAGGAGGAAGCCCGACGGGCACAGCUCGCGGCCGCUCAAGCCCAGGCUCACCUUACCGCCGUUUCGCAGCAGCCCGUCCGGCAUUCCGUCAUGGCCCCUGCAAACGGGAUGGCCCAGGCGCAGCAGUCUUCCCCCGUCGUUCGCAACCAGACUCCACUCAACGCCUCGUCUCCGCUGGUCGGCAGUGGCGCUGUGUCGCAGGCUGGUGUCCCCAUGGGUAUGACGGCGUCUGCCCAAGGAGCCGGUAGCCCGCCCCGACCACCAUCCGCUCUACAGCACGCCCACCCGAAUGUGAUGAGUCAUGCAAUGGCACCCUCUCGAAGCCAGCAAAGCCGCCAUGGAACCCCGCAGAUGGGCCAGGGAACCCCGGCCGUGUCUCAUGCGACACCCGUCAUGCGCAACGCUACACCGACCCAGCGGAUGGGCCACGGCAGUCCGAACCACACCGCCAUGGCUCAGACACCUGUGAUGGGUCACGCCAUGAUGGGUACCCCCCAGAUGGGCAAUGGAACCGGCCUCACCCCUCAACAACAGCAAAUCCUGAUGCAGCACAGGCAGCAGCAGCUUUUGGCGCAGCAGAGUCAUAUCCAGUUCACACCCCAACAGAUGGCCCACAUUCAAGCCAGUGUGCACGCGCAACAGAACAUUCAACAACAACAGAUGCUCCAGGCUCAACAGCAACACCAACAACAACAGCAGCAGCAGCAGCAGCAGCACCAACAGCAACAGCACCAACAACACCAGCAGCCGCAACAACAACAACAACCGCAACAACAACAGCAACAGCAGCCGCAGCAGCAGCAGGGGCACCCGCAACAAGUGCCCACUCAUCAAUCAUACCAAGCUCAUCUGAUGCGUGCUCAACUGGCGCAACUGCAGAUGGUGCAAAAGCAGCAGCAACAACAGCAGCAGCAAAGCCAACAGCAGCAGCAGCAGCAGCAGCAGCAACAACAACAACAACAACAAAACCAACAGCAGCAACAACCGUCGCAAAGCCAGCCGAUGCAAAACCUCCAGGGCAGCCCCCAGAUGACAGCCCAGCAGCAGCAACAACAGCAAAUGUUGCUGGCUGCCGCCCAGGCGAAUGGCGGGCACCUCCCGCAGAACAUGCCCAACAUGAGUCUGACGCAGCGAUACCAGCAGCUCUACCAGCAACGUCUGCUGCGGUCGCGGCAGGAGUUCGCCCAGCGGUUCAUGGCCCAGUACGGCCCGCCGAACCAGUAUCCUCCCCAGAUCGCACAGCAGUACGGGCCGGGAUUGGACAAGAGCGCCAAGGCCUGGGUGACGGAUAUCAUGCGGCGAGAACGUGAGGCCGCCCAACAGCAGCGGGCGAACCAGGUCGCUGCUGUCCAGGCGCAAGUUAUCCAACAGCAGCAACAGAAUAUGAUGCACAACGGGAUGGGUAAUUGAGGGUACACCCGAAUUUCACUGGCGAGGGCUUUCCAUUCUCUUCUCUUCUUUUCUUCUUUUCUUCUUUUCUACAUAUUAUUGAUCAUUGACUUAUGUACUAUCGGCACGGCUUACGCUAUUCUUAGGGUCGGUUCAGGAACGGACAGGAGCAGGAACAGACUUGAUACCAAUUUUGUACAGGAGUUUUUACUUGAUUUAAUAUGAGUUAUCGGUAUAUUAGUUCCCCCAUAGUAAAGGCCACAAUGUGU